AAUAUGCGCAACUCUCAGCAUGCGAAGGCAUCCAGGGCCCUAUCACAAUGCCAGAACCAACCAGAGGCUGCAGCGCUGAGACGCCAGGCAGCUGCGCGACGUGCGCUCAAGGCCAACGAGCUGCGUGCAAAGAGGGGAGUGCUAGCAGGUAAGUUGUUUGAGUCUUCUCGAGAAGUCGAAUUUUCCGGGGCUGACCACAAAAACCAGAGCGCAUGGCUCACCAAAAGAGAGACCUGGAGAAUUUGGCCAUAUAUACCAAUCGGACUCACAAUGCGACUGGACUGGGGUACUCACUCGAUACGCCAGAGGAAACCAUCUUCGGAUCGAACAACACCUGCGCGCUCGUCCCAGAAACCACGAUCGGCCCUUACUAUGUGACAGGCGAAUUUAUCCGUCAGGACAUCACCGAAGGACAGUCGGGCAUUCCAAUGCACAUCGAUAUCCAGUUUGUAGAUAUGAAUACGUGCGAAGGUGUUCCCGCCAUCGCAGCCGAUGUCUGGCACUGCAACAGUACGGGAUCAUACUCUGGCGUCGAUGCGACAGGCGAAGGCGGGCUCAAUACCACGUUCUUACGCGGUGUGCAGAUCAGCGAUGAUUCUGGAGUCGUUGCAUUCGAUAGUCUUUUUCCGGGCCACUACGAUGAUAGAGUGACGCAUUUCCAUCUGGUGGUGCAGUCCAACGUCACGGCGCUGCCGAAUGAUACCUACACCGGCGGGGAGACACUGCACAUUGGGCAGCUGUAUUUCGACGACACCUUGAUACAAGCGGUUGAGGCGACAAGUCCAUACAGCACCAACGCAAUCCCGUUUACCUCGUGGGAGAUUGACGGAUGGAUGUUGGAGGAAGCGACGAGCGAUUAUGACCCGUUCGUGGAGUACGUGCAGCUAAGCGAGAAUUUGGAGGAUGGCAUUCUGGCUUGGAUUACGGUGGCACUGGACCUGAGCAGCAAUCAUUCGGCCAACGUCACAAACAGUGCGGCGGCGCACUAUUAUGAGGGCGGAGGUGUCGCAGUCGCUAACAGCGAUAAAGGAUUACCGCCUUCCAAUCCAAACGCCAGCACUCCGUAGUAAUUGAACCAGCUACCAGGUGGCAUAAACCCCCCCUAAUAUAAGUUUUUAAAAACAAAUAAAG